CCUUAUCCAAAUUUGAUCUGCAAGGAAGUUAAACAAGAGGCCAUCCACGGGGAAAAAAAAAUAAACUAAACCACAAGGAAUCUUAUAGUGUGUACCUGUUUGGUUUUCAAGAACUUCCUUUUCCUUCCGCUGUGAUUGUCAUCCCAACACAACUUCUUUUCUUCCACAGCUCAAUUCCCCAAUAUCCAUGCUUCAGGUUUUCCUUUGAGGAUGGUUCAAAGAAAGGUGCCCAGCAAGCUUGGUAUCCAAGCUGAUCAUAUUAAUUCAGAGAAGCGGUUGGGAUGCCUAAAACCAUCAUCUUGUCAGCACCAGGAUGGCAAGAAUAAAGGAACUGACUUGAAGAAAAAAAUGAAAAAGUCAAGAUCAAUUAAGCUAUCAGAUAUUGAGAGCCUACGAUCAUCACCUUCGAGGAAAACCAUUUCGCAACCUGGAAAACCACCUCCUCUCAAUGUUCCAGCUGCUGCAGCAACCCCACAGAAGAAGUCUAUGAUCAAAGCCAUCGAUGGAUCACCAAACUACAUGAAGUCCACCAGCAGUUCAGAGGCAAAAAAGGAGGGUUCUCAGGUGAGUUUCCGGAAUGCUCAAACUGGUUCAGAUAGCAAGACUCUACGUAGAAGAUGUUCAUUUGGUUCAAAGUUUAGCUGUGGUUCUUGUAAUAAACCUGCUAGAACUCUAGCAAGGACGUCUAGUUUGAAGCUGGUGUGGACUUUAACAAAAUCUCCUAGCUUCAAGCCGGCUAGAACUUCAGCCAAAAAAUGCUCCAGCGUUGCUCUAUAUACAGAUAUGAAUGUAAAGAGAGCUACCUGUUCUUCGACUUUAAAGGAUUCAAAGUUUCUCGCUUAUCUUAUGCUUAAUCCCGGGGGAACUGAGUCUGAAGGAACUUCAAUUAUAAAGGUCUGCCCAUAUACUUACUGUUCCCUUAACGGUCAUCACCACAAUCCUUUGCCUCCAUUGAAAUGUUUCUUAAAAGCAAGGAGACGUUCAUUGAAAACCCAGAGAAGCAUGAAGAUGGGAGCUUUGAGCCCGCGUAGACUAAAGCCUUCUGCUGAUGGCACAGUGGAAUUCGAUAAAGAGCAGGUGGUUUUUGGUAAAGAGCCUGCAAGCAAUGGAGUAGAUUUGGUUAACUCUUCUAUGUCUCCUUUGAUGCAAGGAGGGGCCAUGGAUUUUUUUAUUGAAAUCUAUGGAAAAAGCAAAGGAAAUGAUGUUGAAGCAACCGAAGGAAGCACACAAAUGAACGCCAAGGGAGUGGAUGAUUCUGGAUGUGGCAAUGAAACAGCUCCAGCGCAUGACACCGACAAGCCAGUUUCAGAAAGUUUACACGAAGGUUCACCGCACUCUGACAUUGAUUUUGACGUAAAUCGUGAACAUUGCAAUGAAAUUAUUUCGAAAUUAGAUAUCACAGAAAACCCUUAUGAAGAGCUCAAACACAACAGCGUGGAUGAAGAGUCUAGAGGAAUUUUGGUUAAAGAAGAAUCAUCACCGAACUUUACUGAUGGUGAUAAGCAGGAAGUCGUUUCAAGUGUUGAUGGGGACCAUACUUUGUUUGAAGUUAUUGCUAUGGAGUGGGAGGAGCGGCAAUUUUCUGCUUCAGAGCCCGGCGAUGAAGCCCAUUCUUCAAUGGAAUCUUAUGAUGAAUCUGAUUUAAACAUUGGGGAAUCGUCAGAAAGUCAUAGGAAUAACUUGCUUGACGAAUUUGUGAUCAGCUCAGAUGAAAGUAACAGCAACAUCGCUGAGAUUCUGGAUGACGGAGCAGAAAAAGUCUUUGAAGAAGAUGUUGCAUGCAUUGAUACAUGCAGCCAGGUAUCAGAAACCUUAUGUUACGACCAAGUUUCCUCCCCUGAAGAGAUGUUUGAGGUACUGGUAGCCAUGGAAGAAGAAGAGGAAGAAGAAAACACUGAAAUAGAUUCGAUAGAGAUUGUCACAACUCCAUCUUCAAGAGAGGAGUUAUAUGAGGAAGCAACAUCAGGCAAGGGGAAAAUGCUGGAGAAUGGAGUUCCUGGAACAGUUAAUGAGGUUUCUGAAACAGAUUCUCCACUAGAAGUUCCUGAAAACAGCUGCAGCAUUGAUUUGAAAGAUGAAGCUUUAGAAUCAACCGAGCAAUUUCAGCUUCACUCAUUUGAUAAAUUGGAAAAAGAUAAAACAAAUGAAGAUUAUAAUGUAAUCCAGAAGCCAGGGGAUUCAGAAGCAGAUCAGACAGUCACCAUCAGUGAUUUCUGUCCAGAGAAGGAACUUUCAUGUGGCGAAGCGGGGAAAGUAGCUGAUGCUGAAUUGUUGAUUGGAAUCCAUGAUUCAUCUCAUGUUUUACCUAUGGCUGAUGAAGAUGAUAAUAAUGAGGUAGGAGACAACCAAAACAACCAAAUUUCAACUCAAGAUACUGUUGAUGAAAGCCUUUUUACCGAGAGUCAAGAUCACUUGUCAGAUGGCCAACAUGAUAACACACAUGUUGUUGACAAUCAGAGCAUCCUAGAGGAAGACCAAGAUGAAGCUAAGUACAAAGUCCCUACUUCCAUGGACUCAGAGGAGCAGAACGGUUCAACAAUGAUGCAUAAAACUAGUUUAGCUGACGGCUGUGAAGAAGUUGGGAAAAUGGAAUUGGAGGAUAACUCUACUCCUGUGUUGGAUGUGGCAGAAACGUUCCCUUCAGCAAGUGAUAAAACUAGCCACAAGCCAAGAAGCAAGUUCUCCUUCACUAGAAGCAAUGCUAAGGAAGAACCGCCUGACAACCAUAACGACAGAAAGUGGACAAUUAGAAGCAAAAGACAUGAAGAGAUCUAUAAGGAACCAAGGAAAUUCAACCAACGAGAGCCAAACUUCCUGUCUGUUGCUCCAGAGCUAGAUGCAGAAAAGGUUGAUCUCAGGCAUCAGAUGAUGGAUGACAGGAAAAAUGCAGAGAAAUGGAUGCUCGAUCAUGCACUCCAACAAGCUGUCAACAAACUUGCUCCAGCUAGAAAGAGGAAGGUGGCAUUACUUGUUGAAGCCUUCGAAACAGUCCUGCCAAUAACUAAAUGUGAAACUUAUUUGAGGCAUAUUUCAACAGGCUUUGCCCAUGGCGGACCCAUUCAAGCUUGUAACUGAUUGGUUUUGUUGAGGAUAUGACCAGAUGGAAAUAACUUUGGCAAAUUAUACCUGCAAUCAAUCUAAGGAGUAGAAAGCAUCAUCACCAUAGCAAGAGAAGGCCAAAAUUUUUAAACUACACUUUCAAUAGGGCAACUAACUAGUUGUCAACUGUUGAGAAGCACUGCAGAUACAGCAACUUAUAAUCUGCAAAAGGAGGCAGUUUCUCCUAAAUUAUGUGGGUGAAGCGCGAGUGAAGGACACCUAAUUCAACUAUUAGAAUUUGUGAAGUGUUUUAAACUGGAUCAUUUGGAGGUAUUUUAUGUUUAUGUCUAAUGUUAUGUACUGAUAAUCAUACAAGAAUUGUCAUUUAGAGGUCUAUUAUGUGUAAUGUUAUGUUGAGCUACAAUUAUCAUGCUAGAGUAUAACUGUUACUAAGAAUUCACGUACAAGAGUAGGAACAUGGAUGUUCAGUCUUUAAAAGUGUAUUCAAACAUUAAUAAGCAGGUUCCUUAAUAUAAUCAUUAUCGCCUAUAUCAUUCUUCUUGUGC